AAGUCGUUUCUAAAGGUAAUUCAUUAAUUAUUCUUAGUACUAAUAUCGCGUCAAAAGCUGUUCUCAAUUAAUGUAUAUCGAAAUAACAAAGACGAAACAACGGGCGAUCGAUUCGCUCGAUCGGUGCUGCCCUCUGGCCAGCAUUUUAAAUACCAAGUACAUGCGAUCGCUAUGACAACAAACAAUCGUUCAUCGAAGUACUUCGAUUUAAAUUCUGACAUCCUGUCGCACCGACGAGCUACCCGUAUCGAGCAAAGUCGUGUUCCGCCGGCUUCCCACGCGUGCAGAGUUAUUUAAUUAAUCGUCGCGAUCAAGCAUGUCCAACAACAAUGAAGAAGUUGAAUUUGGCAGCGGCGAGAGUCGAACAACUUUCACGGAGACGGACGCGGAGCAUGACACCGAUAAACUGUCCAGAACUGUUAUCAGUUACACUGAAAUUACGCCUGGACUUAUAAAAGAGGCACAACAAGAACUUGGUAUGAUUAAAUUGUGCUGGCCGGAGACCGACCCGAGGGAAGAUGUUUACCUGAGAACGCUUCCGCGCGGUUACCGUACCGUCAGCGAUAAGGAGAAGGUGGCCGCGUGGUACGCCGAAAACUUUCGACGACAAUUUCACACGAGAUAUCCGGAUCGAAAGCCGCUUCUGCUUGUAUGCGAGAACGAGUGCGGCGUGCAAGGUAUCAUUGAUCAACACACACGGUUUGCUGGCGUGGACGUUUGCUCGAACGGAAAACCUGAUUCGUUUCGGAACACCGAAAAGAAAAUGAUCGCAGGGACCAAGGAGAAUAAAUUAUUCGACGAAGAAUGCUAACACUUCGCGGAACGGAUCUCUUACGAUAGCAAAGCGUCGUGUCAAAGGGCGAUGGAAAAAAAAGAAAACAGAAAAACGCGAGAUAGAAAAGGAUAUGCGUGUAUGCGUGUGUGUCUGAUGUGCGCGAGCGCGCGCGCGUAUGUGUGUACAUCCGUGUGUUCUUUUUGAACAAUCGCUAUAAUCGCUCUUUUUGUUUGUUGUAUGUGUCACGUGGUGUGUGGUGUGCAGAAGUUUGUGUCUACGACUAUCAGACGAAGUACGCUGCCGUAUCCAGAACUGUACACAUGGCAGGGGUGCGGAAAAUUCGUCAGCGACUAUAUCGACUAUGUGCCGUUGGACAAGCCAUUCAGCAUAGUGAGUAGUCCCGCGAACGAACGAACGCGUGUUACACUCGAUCGAACAAACGUGUCUCGUUCGAGCGUCUGUCUCUCUCUUCGUAAAGCUAAGCGACGAAGGUCCUUAAAUUUGUAUCUUCUCAUCGAUAUAUAACAAACCAUCGCGCGCGUCUUUACACCGUUCUAUUGGAUCUAUUUCAUUUUUUGUUGUGUUCUUCGUUUUUUGGACCAUUUAGUUUCAUGCGAGUCGCGGUGUCGAUACAUACACGCGCACACACAUACUUAUUAUCAGGCGCGCGCGCGCGCGCGCGUCCACCCGUAUACGCAAUCACACACGCGCGCGCGCGCGCGCGGACACACACACACGACACACACACAACCUUACUACUUAUUUACCUUACGUAAAUAACUCACUAACAGAACACGAGAGGUAGAACUGUUUGGGGAAAAAGCGCAGUCCAGAAUGAACGGAACGACAUUCUUUCGUUUCAUUAAAUAUAAUAAUAUAUCUAUAUAUCUUUAUAUUUAUAUGUAAUACGUCGCGCGAAUAACUAAACCGUGAUAACGUAUGCCUAACUAAACACGAAAACGAAAAAAGAAGAAGGAAAAAAAAGGAAUUAAAGAAUUAAAAAGAUGGUAGAUAUUCCCCCACACCCCCUUUUUCCCCCGACCGUGGAUGAAAAAACGCGGAUCUUCGCGAUGUCUUCUUGGUUAAAUCGCGGUUUCUCCAUCGGUCGGAUGUUUAGUUAGUCGGUGACGCUAUCGCGGCGUCGCCCGAAUCGGUGCGAGGACGUUCCUCUUCCCGCGCGAACCUUAAAUGCUAACGAAUGAUUGAGUAGUCGAUAUUAAUUAAUUAACUCUCCUAAAGAUAUCUCAACUCUCUCUCUCGCUCGCAUUAUAAUUACAACAGUCCACUCACGAAUUUGGUAUAUCCUCUUCACGCACAAGCUUUAUUGACAAGCAACAGAUCGCGCUUGCCAACCCUUCUCUCUCUAUCCUUUUUAUUCUUUUUUCUUUUUUUGAUUCGAUCCGACUCUCUUCGGGGUAAAACCGUUUCGAAAUAAGAAUUGAACCAACCGAAUUGUGAUCGGAGACAAAUAUCGAACAAUAAAAAAAAAAAAAAAAGGAA